CUUCCGGUCGACGUUGCACCCAGCUGCAGGACACGGAGAGAGUAAAAGAGAGAGCGGUAACAGGAGAGCGGGAGUAAUUUAUCCUUUUGUAGCACUGGGUAGUAUAUGCAGCUGGGUUUCAAGGCGGCGGAAACAGCAGGGCAGCACUGGUCGGAAAGCUGCCGAAGAUGGAUCAAGGGGGUUCCGCAGGCGGACGCCAAGCAACGGCAGCGGUAACCGUCAAGGUGUUAGUUCUGGGUGACCCUGCCACAGGAAAGACGAGCAUCAUCAAGAGAUAUGUGCACGACUUCUUUUCGGGUCACCACAAGACCACCGUUGGGGUGGACUUCGCUCUCAAGCAGCUCGUGGUAGGGGACACCACUGUCAAGCUGCAGCUCUGGGACAUCGCGGGACAGGCGAGUUGUGGAUAGAUUCGGGUCGAUCGCACGGGCUUACUACAAGGAGGCCCUGGGGGCCCUCUUGGUGUACGAUAUCGGGCGAAGCUCUAGCUUCAAGACGGUGCAGAGGUGGAAGGGGGAGAUAGACGAGAAGGUUCGUCUUCCCGACGGCGGGCGGCUCCCCGUGGUGCUGCUGGCGAACAAGUGCGAUCUCGAUAUUCCAAUCGACAGGGAAGCGCUCACGUGGUUUUGCGACCGACAUGGGUUCGCGGGGUGGUUCGAGACCUCAGCAAAGCAAAACAUCAACAUCGACGAAGCGAGCCGGUUCUUGGUAGAGAAGGUCCUGGAAAGAAUUCCAGCGUCCGGACACCCGUCUGGUCGCCUUGGAAUGAAGUUGACCGGAGACGGGAACGGCGGGGGGAGCGACUCAUCGGGUUGCUGCUGAUGGGUGACUUCGUGUUGUGGUGUAUCGGCUACAUGGCUGGCGAAAACUACGCCGGUCCAAAAGACCUGCUGGUGACUGCCUACUUGUAACUAGCGGAGACCAGUGGUCCCGAUAUACCGUACCGCGAUCCCGAACAGUGCGGUUCCCGUAAUAUCGCGGAUACAAUUACUUGGCACAACACCUAUCCUGCUACUAAUUUUUUAGUUACCGACCUUCCCCCAACAGCGCGGGUUCCGAUAUACCACGGCAAUUUUUGUGUGUCUGUCACUACACUGCGAUUAGGCGUUUUGGGUAAAUCGGCCGGAGCAUUCUGAACCUUCUUGGUUCUACUGCGCUUGGCUUGGGGGUAAGGCGGAGUCUUGUUUGUUCCUUUCGUUUUAUUUGGCGUUUCUUUUGUUUGGGAGCAUGUUGCUCAACGGAGAGCUGCUUCAACUUCGCCUUUGGCGUGUUUGCAUUGCUGUCCUUUGUGCGUUUUUGGGCGAAUCGUUGUCGGGAGGGCUACAUUUGUGUUUGCAGUAUACCAGUAGGAGGUUACUAUUUGCGCACGGCUGCUGCUGUGUGACGUGCUGUUGGCCUGCGGGGGUGCUUUUUUUGUUUGUUUCGGGACUUGUCUCCUGUCUCCUCCCAGCUAGGCGGGUUCGUCCGUUGGUCAGGUCGUGCGGCUUGUUUCUUCUUCUGUGUAUUCUGUACAGUCGACCCCGCUUUAAGGGCGCACAUGGCUUUUCCUGAAAAAAAACGUCCUUCAAGGGGGGUUACGUCCUUAAUAUUCAGGGGACAAUAGCUCACCAUCCCCGGGGCCAUUGGAGGCAUGCUAUACCUCAAAUUACUCUUUUGCUAAGGAAGGGGGUGGUACGAAAAGUCAGCAUCGCCGAGACGACUGGCAACCGUUUGUUGACGUCGAACAGGAGUGCAGUACUUGAAAUGAGAUGUACAGCAGUCGGUGACGUGUUGAAAACAACUACCAUACAGUACACCAGUUUGUACUUGGCCAACUAAUGUACUGCAUUGCCGGCAGCGGAAGAAGGAGGAAAGUCCAAGUGGACACAUUUAUCUCGUUCUUGUGAAGCAAAAAAAACGAGCGUAAAUCAGCGUCGCACCGAUUUACACCAGUCAGUA